CACCUUAAAUCUAAUUCAAAAUCUGAACCAACUACAAAUGGCUACACUUGCACAAUCAACAGCACAACCACCAAUUACCCCUGUCAAACCUAUGUAUUAUACAGAGCUAAAUCCCCUGAUUUCUUAGACCUUGCUUCAAUUGGUGAUAUCUUCAAUGUCAGCAGACUUUCGAUCGCAAAACCCAGUAAUAUUUCAAACCCAUCUUCAUCUCUUCUCCCAAAUCAACCCCUUUUCAUCCCCAUUUCAUGUGGGUGUCACCCUGUUCAAAAUCAAACCCUUAAAUCCCUUUCUUUUGAUAAAAUGUCCUAUACUUUUAAACCAAAUGACAAUUUUUAUAUAGUUUCUACUGGAAUUUUUGGUUAUCUAACUAGUUACAACUCUACUGAAAUUAUUAACCCUGAUGCUAAACCUCUUAAUCUUUCUGUUGGGGUUGAUUAUUAUUUUCCUAUUUUCUGUAAGUGUCCUAAUAAUACCCAGUUGAGGAAUAAUGUUAAUUUCUUGGUUACUUAUGUUUUUCAGCCUGAUGAUGAUUUGGAUAUUAUUGCAUCUUUGUUUGGAGUAACUAGGCAAUCUAUUGCUGAUUUAAAUGGGGAUGAUCCUGAAGUUUAUGAAACGAUUUUCGUUCCGGUUACGAAACUUGUUAAGCUUAAUCAACCCAUUCAGCCGAUUCAACCGGCCCCUGCUCCUCGAGUUCCUACUAAUCAGACUAAUAAUAGUGGCAGUAAUCAAACAAUUGUGGUGAACAGUAAGAGUGAUCAUAAAGGGGUUGUUGUUGGUUUAGGUGUUGGAUUAGGAGUUAGUGUUUUAUUGCUUGUUUUGGUUUCAGGGUUGUUAUUAGUUUAUUGGGAAGUUGACUUGAGGAAAAAGUCAAAGGAGAGAGAUUUUGAGGAAAUUAUUCGGCAGGAGAAUGUAGGUCAUGAGAGGAGGAUUUUGAAGCAAUUAGAACAGAACUUGCUGUUGGCUGAUGUUUCUGAUACUUUGGAUAAGUAUAAGAUUUUCGAAAUCGACGAAUUGAGAAAGGCUACUGAUGGAUUUGAUGAGAGGAAGGUGAUACAUGGUUCUGUUUAUAAAGGUUGCAUUGAUGGGAUUUUUUAUGCUAUGAAGAAGAUGAAGUGGAAUGCUUAUGAAGAGUUAAAGAUCUUGCAAAAGGUGAAUCAUGGAAACUUGGUCCGAUUGGAAGGAUUUUCCAUUUGCCCUGAAGAUGCUACGUGCUACCUAGUUUAUGAGUACAUUGAAAACGGAUCUCUUCAUUUUUGGCUACACGAAAACAAGAGCAAAUUAAACUGGAAAGCUAGACUAAGAAUUUCAAUCGAUAUUGCAAAUGGUCUUCAAUACUUUCAUGAGCAUACUAGACCACAAGUUGUUCACAAAGACAUUAAGAGCAGCAACAUUCUCCUCGACACCAAUAUGAGAGCUAAGAUUGCCAAUUUCGGGUUAGCACGGUCUGGGUGUAACGCUAUUACAAUGCACAUUGUAGGCACCCAAGGAUAUAUUGCACCUGAAUAUUUAACUGAUGGUAUAGUCUCUCCAAAGAUGGAUGUCUUCUCAUUUGGAGUAGUCUUGCUCGAGUUGCUAUCGGGUAGGGAGGCCAUCGACCAGGAGGGAAAAGCACUUUGGGCUAGUGCCCAUGAAACUUGGGACUACACUGAUGAUGAGACCAAAAAGGUGAAGAAGUUGAUGGAGUGGAUAGACAACUUCCUUCAAACGGAAUCUUGCUCAGUUGAGGCCUUGAUUACUAUGAUGGAUGUGGCUGUUGCUUGUGUUAAUAAGGAUCCCUCAAAGCGGCCAAGUAUGGUAGAUGUUGUGUAUGUGUUGUGCAAGAGUGAUGACUCCUUUUAUAAUACUUCGGGAAAUGAAUUUUCUACAUCUUCCUUUACAUCAAGAUAGAACGGAAAAAUAUUUAGGUUGAGAUGCAUGUAGUCCCUGUAGAUGGAUGUUGAACAAAUGAACCGUUGAAGUAUAAAAUUUCCAUACAACAUAUAUAAGUGUAUUUCUCCUCGUAUUAAAAAGAAAAAAAAUUAAGAGAAAUUUAAACAUUUUAUAGAGCUAAAGGAUUUCUCCUCGUAUUCUUAUAUGAUUUUGGGAUAGAAUCUCUUUUGAUCUUAUAAAGUGAUUCUUUCUUGGUGACAACAGGUGCAACUUCGCACUAAUAGUUUGUAAUUUUUGUUCAAUUAUUAUGUCAAACAAAAAUUGUGGCAUGGGUCUGCCUGUUGAAUUU